AUGCUCGCCCAUCCUUCGAGCAAACCCUCAGAGUCUGAUCUUUCCUUGGGUCUGAGCCCCAACACCUCGCUUGUUGAUGAAUCCCACAUGGCAAAGGCCCUCUACGACUUCUCCAGAGGAGUCAACUCAAACACUUUAGGUGUCCACGCUGAUGGAAUGGUCAAGGCCUUCAACGAGGCGCUUCUCUCAAAUGACGCUCUCACGAUGCUUCCAAACUACAGUAUCAACCCAACUGGUGAAGAGUUCGGCUGCUACCUUGUGAUUGAUUUGGGUGGCUCCACGCUUCGUGUAGCGAUAGUAUCGCACAGAAUCCACAUUGUCACUUCGAAGAAAUGGAUCGUUGAAAAUUCGGCCAAGACCAUUAAUAAGCAAUUCUUCAAGUGGAUCGGCUCGAAGAUCAUCGAGACGAUAGAACUGCAGAAUGUAAUGAAGCGUGAACAAAUCAUUUACACGGGUAUCACCUGGUCGUUCGCUUUGGAGUCUGUGUCGUACAAUUCCGCCAACGUGUGCCAUGUUGGUAAAGGUUACGUUGUCGAGGACAGCGUAAAGGGCAAAGACUUGAAGAAGUUAUUGGAAGAUAGUCUUUUGGAGCACUACAAUGUGCGCCUUGACGUCAAGUCCAUUUUGAACGAUUCGCUCGCUGUCUACGCUGCUGGUUCCUUCAUAGACAAAAACAUCAAGUUGGCUUUAGUCUUGGGCACGGGUCUCAACAUGUGUUGCUGCCUUGAUUCUUCGGACAAAAUUAUCGAAGCCAAGCAUUUGGGCGGAGAGAAGACCAUCUUGUUCAACACAGAAAUGUCCCUCUUUGGCGGCAACAUCAUUGAUGACAUCUUCACAUCUUUUGACACUCAAAUCGACCCUCGUUUCAAACACAACUUGCAUUUCGCUCCUCAUAUGAGCAUGGACCCAGAGACAAAUACCAUCUUCCAGCCAACUGAGCUCUUGACCUCCGGAAGGUACUUGCCUGAGUUGGUGAGAUUGGCACUUGUCGAGAGUAUUAAUGACGGAGAGAUAUUUGCCAACCAGAAGCACCACACCGACAAACUUACUGUUGCCUAUGAUGGAUUCUCUGGUGAAUUGAUGUGUCUCAUUUCUGAGACUGAUGACAACAAGGCUAUCGCUAGGGCCCUCGCCAAACAGUAUGGCUGGGACGACUCUAAAAUCUUGAUGAACGAUGUUAUCACGUUGAAGCUACUUGUUGAUGCUGUCAUUCGUAGAGCCGCCUUCGUUGUUGCCACUUGCAUUGUUUCGCUCGUCAAGUUGUUGGUUCAGCACAACGGCAAGCUCGACACCGAGGUGGUGAAGAUCGGUUUCGUUGGUUCUGUCUUGGAGUACUUCAACCGUUACCGUGAGUUGAUUGAGAGCUACGCUAACAAAUGCCAGGACAUGGUGGACAUGAAUUUGAAGAUCGAGCUUCGCUCAGUCGAAGAGAGUUCCAUUGUUGGUGCUGCUAUAGGAGCUGCAUACCAUAGAGAUCAUUAA